AUGUCUCCCCGAACUACCAAAAUCUCCCUUCGCCGCGAACUUAGCCCCAACAUCGUCUCUAAUCAAGAAAACCAGCUUGUGCGAAGAUCAGCACGUCUGGAAAAAAGGGCUACAUGGCAGAAAUAUGCAUCUUGCACUCAAUCUAAUAGCUUACCAUCUCGCGCAGAAAGCCAUAUCAACACCAUCACUGCACCAUCUAAUACCAAACCCCUUGUUAGAACCAACAACCCCGGUCGUUCUCACCCACCCGCAUUCCCAUUCAUCAUUGAUUCAGAUACUGACUCUACAUCAUCAUCCAAAUACCCGAAUAGCGACGCCGAAGUCCCCAUGCAAUAUUACGAAUAUAUCCUCAUGCCACUUCCUCAGUCGCCCUCCUUGAUACGCACCACAGUACACAGUCGUAGCACAAGCCCCGAAAGUACCUGCGCAGCCAGCAAAGAAUCUUACGAACUCGACUGCUUCAUCGUCAGCGACAACCACAGUAACAACGCUGACGAAAUUGACCACGGCUAUGACGCCGACGAGUCUGCUGCAGAUGAAGUUCAAAGAAAAAAUAGCAUCUGCUCUACAUCCUCCGAGGACACUUUGUUUGUCCCUGAGGUCAAGAUUAAGAAGAAGAAGAAAGUACCCUAUGCACAUCUUCCAGCUCGCAAUAAACAGACUGGAACUUUAUCGUCAGAAGAAGUGGCAGAGCAGAUUUCAGAUGCGAUACUGCUUUUCUCGCGGAGAUGCAAUAGAGGAAGGAAGGCUAUGCGUGUUAGAGUUACGGAAGAGGAUAUGCGGGAUGGAGAAGUAAGGGAGGGGUUGAAGAGAGCGGGGAAGUUGGGGUUGGUUGUGAAAAAGGAGGUGAAGAUGGGGUGUGCGGUGUGGUAUUUUGGGACCAAGAAGACAUUGUAG